CAUAAACAAUAUAGUAACGUGCCGGUAGAACUAAAAAUAAAAUCUUUGGGUUGUUGCCAACAGAUGUGCACUAGAUUGUUCAGUUAUCUUACUUUAAAGGAACAAUUGACUUGAAGAUUUAAAAAUCGUCUUAAGAUGGAUAGUUAUUCCUCUCUUAGUAGUAACAACGGUUGUGAACCGAUAACCUCUGUGUUUAUACAAUUAUCCAAAGAAGAUGAUGAUGCGUUUGAUAAUGCAGCAAUCAAGAACUUUCUCAAAGGACUGGGACAGAUGUUUUAUGUUGUGGAUCCAUCCGAAACAACGUUUAGUGAUCCAAAUGAAGUACCUGAAUACUUUAAAAAUGCUUGGCCAUAUUUCUUAUUAUUCAUGAUCAUAGAGAAUAUAGUCCUAUGGGCAGAUAAGAAACCGACAUAUAGACUCAAUGACAGCUUAACAAGUCUGUCCCAUGGACUGAUACAACAUUCUGGAAAAUUACUGUUUCGAGGCGCCGAGAGCUAUGCAUAUUUUUUCUUGUACGAGAAUUACCGUGUGGUGGACUUAGCUGGGGACUAUCCAAUUACAUGGUAUUUAGCAGCUAUAGGAGUAGACUUCUGUUAUUAUUGGGUGCACCGAGCAUGCCAUGAAAUACAUAUAUUGUGGGCCCAACAUCAGGUACAUCAUAGUUCUGAAGAAUUUAAUAUUGCUGUGGGUCUAAGACAAUCCUUACUACAAGGAUGGUGUGGAUUUUUGUUUUAUUUACCCUUGGCGUUUUUUAUUCCUCCAGCACAUUUCAUCACUCAUCAACAGUUUAAUUUGUUAUACCAAAUAUGGAUUCAUACAGAAACAAUUACCACUCUUGGUCCACUAGAAUAUAUUUUCAACACACCUCAACACCAUCGAGUACACCAUGGUAGUAACAUAUACUGUCUGGAUAAGAAUUAUGGAGGGGUUUUAAUUAUUUGGGACCGUUUGUUUGGAACUUUUGCUGCAGAAAAGAAAAAUGAAAUGAUUGUCUAUGGACUUGUUUUUAAUCAACCUUCUUUCAAUCUUCUACAUUUACAAACUUUCUACACUAAAUAUGUUAUUGAAAGAUUCCACAGUAUGGAAAGCUGGAGGUAUAAAUUUGCUGCUAUUUUCUAUGGACCAAGUUGGCAACCUGGAAAGCCUCGAUUAGGAUUAGAAGAGGACAAAGUUAAAGUGGUAGCCAGGGAAAAAUAUGAUGUAAAAUUACCAUUUUGGUGCAAUGCCUACCUUCUCGUUCAUUUUUGUGUCGUAGUGUAUGGAUUCCAAUUACUUGCAUCGUGCCAUACGAGCCUCAAUCCACUUUCUGUCUUCAUUUUUGUGGUAUACAUAAUUGCAUCUCUUACAACAAUAGGAAUGCUGCUCGACAACCACCCAUAUGCUUACGUAUUCGAACUGUUGCGAUGUAUGGUGCUCGUUACAGCUAUACAAAGAUUAGACUUCACAGCUAUCGACACCUCUGUAUUGUUGGCUAUCGAAAUAUUUUUCACUAUAUCAGGAUUAUUCUGGUUUCUUCAAAGUAUCAAAGUUAUACAAAUUUCAAUGAAGACAGGUGUAAAUCCUUAGUAAAUAAAAGAUAAUAAGAAUUGUAUUGUACUGAUUUUAUUGUGAUAUAUGUAGAUAUAUUGUAAAUUAUUGUAUAUAAAGUGUUAAAAAAUGUUACUUAUGAAAAUGUAAAAUAAAUAUGUUGAAGAUAAAUUUGUUUCUCUACUAAGAUUCCCAUUGAUAAUUAAAUUAAUGUAAAAAUACAGUGUUGCAAAAAUGGGAGCAAAAAAUUUAACAGGUGAUAAAACAUAAAAUAAAACUUUUCCUAUUGACCUUGGGCUUACUGCCUUUUAUUUUUGGGAUGCAUGGUGUGAAAAAUAAUUUUUGAAACCAAAUUUUUAGCUGUAUCUUUUAUAAAAAAAUGUAUCUAUUUCAUUGGAAUUUAUAACAAGUAAAAUUUUGAGGAUGCUAAAUAUGUUAGUGAUGUUAGUUUUUGGACACCUUGUAGAAAUCGGUAGCUACUAGAAGAAUAUUGCCGAAACAGUCGACAUUAUUCAUAUAGUAUUCAUUGUUUAGAAUUCUGGCAGAGAUAUAGCAGUUGUACAAAUACAAGAACGUUGUAACAAAUCAUUUUAGUUGCGUCUGAGGUCCAACUGAUCUCGAACAUCUACAUUUAUGUCUGAAAUAUGUAAAAUAUCAAAUAAGGAUAUCCUUAUUAAGGCAUAC